UCUAUGAUCAUUGCAGGCGUCGUCGUGUCCGUUUCUUUGCCCAGAUGCGGUUGGUCAUACUAGGCCUUUUGAUGACAAUAGCGGCCACAGUUAUGUGCGGCUGUUGUCUCCUCCUCGUAUUCACAGGGGGCGAGGGAUCAAUUCAUAGAACCGGGCAGUGGGGAAUUAUUACCUCGAGGUUUAGCUGGCACGAGAGCGAUCGCCUUCUUCAGGAGUCGACGAGUGCCACUCCAGCAGCGCCGCAGCAAGAGCGGCAGAUAGACCAUUCGCAACUCGUAAACGGUUCCAUCACGCGCGUGACGUGGCAUACCCCGUGGGCGAAUGGGACUGCGGGGAAAGAUUGCCGGACCGAAAUUACGAGCCUGGUGGUCGGUUCGGGGAAACUGUAUUACGUCCUGCACCGGUACUGCCAAGUGGAUGGUGCUCUGGAGGAUCGGGCGUUGUCGAUUAGGAGACUGAACUUAUCGCGGGUGCAGGACGGCGACGGUUCGAGCCCGCAGGAGGACGACGACUCCUUGAUAAGUCACAUGUGGCCGUACGGGCAGCCGAACGGGACAAUAAUCCGCGAACCAGCGGAUUUCGGAGGGGCUCACGUGACAGGAAUGAGUCUGUCGAAAGAUGGGAUGCAUCUCCUCUUGAGCGUAAGCAAAGGAGAUCCAAAAGUACUAUGGGACAGUGGGACCAGAUAUCGGGAUGACAACGGCUCCGUGUUCACUUCUUUGUCGCUCGCCGACGGCUCUCGAUUGUCAUCUCCCCCUUUGAGCAAAUUGUCCCAGGCGUGGGCGUUAGAGCCUAACAAGGGUUUUCUUUACUAUUUGCAAUCUGAUUCCGCAUUACUGAACGUCACGGUUAAUGAUGUCGGACCUCCAAACGGCUAUCCGAAGCGGAUAUCCCCUCAGAAAAUCGGAUUGCCGAGUGAUCCUAUCGAUCCUAACGAGGAGUUCCAAUCUGGAAGCCUUCUAUCGGACGGCAGUUGCCUGUACUCCGUGACUUCUACUGACUGGUUGUUCGCGUGGACGGUACAACGUGGGCAUUUCCACCACUAUACGAUAUCACCACCUGCCCAUUUGCUCCAUCGGAGAGCGGUAGACGUCGUCGCAACGAGUCAAGGAUGUCAUCAGUACGUGUUCACAGCCGCAAACGAUACAGUUGCGGUCUUCGUACUGUCCAGACCGAUGGGAUGGGCAUGCGGCGUGAUUGGAUUCAGGUCGGCCCUCCCACGUUAUUUCGGCGUAGCGGAUGUUACGGCAUUGGCACUUGGUGACAACGGCGACGGCUUAAGCCUCUACGUUGGAACCAGCGAUGGCAGCGUGUAUCUCGUUCCGCUCAACAGUUCGGAACUGAGCCGUUGUGAAGAGGAACGGUACUGGCCGCGAGCACUGGCAGGCGAAAAUUCACGUAGAUUUCAUCUUCGUUUAUAUCGACUAGAGUAUUUGCCGGUUAAUCUGUUUUCGUCAGUACUGGCAGGCAUGAUCUAUUUCGUAAUAGUUAUUGUACCCUCCUCCUGGGGCUCGGGAUUCGAUCCAUGGACUUACUUUAUUGUAGUUGUUCCUUCGAUAUUUCUAGCAGUAGCAAUAGCAACUUGGGCAUUUGUGUGGGUUUGCGUGGCCAGAAAGCGUCGACGUCGAGCUCUGGAACAGGUCAAUCACAACUCUGCCGUUGCUGGCCGGMCGAGGACUUCAGSUCCGCGGGACUGCACUGCUGUGGAUUUCUGGGGACUGAGGCCGUCACGCGYCCAGCAGUUCGGGAUAAAAACUCUAUCGGAUUGCACGGACAAUUUUAGCUCGAYUCAUCAAAUCGGGAACAGAGGGUCAUUUGGGAAAGUCUACAAGGGUUCGCUCGAUGGGAAGGAUGUGGCGAUCAAGKUGAUGGCCGGCGAGCUAACGGACACCAAACGGAACCAGUUCGUGGCGGAGGUGAACACUCUCAGUGCAGUUAAUCACGUCAAUCUCAUCCAGCUCACAGGUUACUGCCAGGAGGGCAAUCAAUGCAUCUUGGUGUACCCCUACUUCCCAGGGGGCUGCUUGCACGAGCGGUUAUAUCCUAACACUGAUAAGCAGCUGAGCAUUGAGUUGGAUUCUCCUCCCCCACUCGCGCUCCAGGAGCGCAUGAGAAUUGCCUUCCAGAUUGCCAGGGGGCUCCAGUAUCUACACGAUGAUGCCAAGCCUCCCAUCAUCCAUCGUGACAUCAAGAGCAGCAACGUCCUGCUUGGCGAUGGCUGUGGGGACACACUCCAUGUAGUCAUCACUGACUUCGGAUUGGCGGCCAUCGGGGAGAGGGUGUUGGACACAGGACACGACCAUGUUGUGAUCACAUCUCACAUUGGUGGCACGUUUGGGUACAUGUCGCCCGAGUACAUGCUGAGAGGCGAGCUGUCCGAGAAGAAUGAUGUGUACUCCUUUGGGGUUCUUGUACUGGAGCUGCUGACGGGAAGGAAGGUGGCCGCACGGGCGCCUUCUGGGGUGGGAUGGCAGACACUGGUGGAGUGGGUGAAGCCUUUCCUUCGAGAUCAAGGUGAAAAAGCGCAAGACCCAUGUCUGGACAUGCCAUGUGCUAUUCUUGACCGCUGUUUGUGGGAUCAGAUAGACUCUACGAAGCAGAUGGUGAUGAACAGCUUCAGACUGGCUUGGGAAUGUGUCCAUGAGGACUACGGGUCAAGGCCGGCAAUGCGAGCUGUUGUGCAGCGCAUCCACAGCAUGCUUCUUGAUGUUGGUUGGGACUUCUUGAUCCGAACAAUGGACAUGGAGCACCUUCUGACGACACCAGAGAUAGAGGAUAACAUCUGCAAGGUCUAUGAUGCUGAGUCACAAGGGGGUCAUGAAGUGCAGCUAGCGUGAGGGAUGGAUGAGAACUGUAAAAGGAUGCCACAUUUGUAGAUGUGAGGAGAGUCGAACGGAGGCCCUUGUGAGUAAUGCGCUUUGUCUAAGUAUAUACUAUGAAUUCCUUUUUGUCUUAGCGAGUCAUAGCAUGUAGCAUUACAUUAUCGGGUAGAAUUCAAGCUCGUGACCUGCCUAUUCAGUGUUACAUGGAGUCUGCCGUACGCACAGCCAGCAGGCUGCAAGGUGCUCAAAUCUUUCACAUGCUGACAAGUGCAAGUCAUUGUGUGGGUCUAGAGCUGAAACUGCAAAUACUUACCUGCUUGUUUUGGGGACUGGAUGUGGAACCUUUAUUAGAUUCAGCCAAAGUUAUGUUAGAAUAAGACCUGUUAUGCACUGCACCUCUUGCUAUUGGCUGUACGGGACAUGUAAAAGCGAUAUGGCAUUGUAAGC